GUCCGGAGACGUUGUCAGCGUCGGAGGACAACUGUUAUGUAAUUGAGUGAUUUGCGGAAAACAAGAACUAGAAAUUUUGAUAUAAAAAUAUGAAAUAGCUAAAUUGAAAAUAUGGAAUGAAGCUAAGUAUUUUUAUAUUUGAGAUUUUGUUUGGACGACGCUAGGUUUAGUUUUUUUCGCUCUUACCUUAAUUAUGUUGUUAAUCUAAAUGAAAAGGGAAAGGGGAAUAAAGGAAUCAGGAAUAAUCAAAUGAUUCCGAGUAAAUUUUAUUCUCAAGAAUGAUAUUCUCUAUUACGAACCUUUUUGAAUUACAAUUAACAACAAUUAAUUCUUAUCUAGAAUUUUAUGUAAAUUUUAUUUGACGAGAAAGUAAUAACGGUAAAAUAUUUAUCCCCGAAUAGGUUCUUAGAGAGUUGAUUAGCCAAUUAAUUUGGAAUUGGCGAAGAAUAUAAUUAUUUUUAUUAGACUCACAGUUCAAGUGUGUAAAUGUAUACUAUCCCUUAUGUAUUGGGGAUGUGUGGAUCCUUCGGUGACACAAUCGUCUUUCUUCACCAGAAUCAGAAUGGCCUCUGAUCCUAUCAUGAAUACUUCUUAUUCAUGCCACGUUCACCCACUCGCUUAUAAUUAAUGCACAAUGUUUUUGGAUAAGUUUUUGAGAAUGUCCACAACCACGGAAACUGAUUAAUUGGUCCUCUUAAAAUUGCAAGAAACACUCCUACUUUCGAUUAAAGGAUGCAGUAUCCCUGUACACUUCCGGCCGUUUAGCUAUUUAUUAUGGUGAAAUAGAUUACCGCGCACUAUAUCGACUCUAUCGCGAAUUAUAGUAUGGGAGGCCCGAAAGAGACAGAUCGAUUCCGGAAAGUAAUUUCCACCAAGUCAAACUAUCGCUCCGACGGUUGCUUCUAGACUGAUUUCGAUUUUUGAUUUUGGGGAGCGGAUCGGUUCGUGGUGGUUACACGAAUUGAUUUCUAAUUGGUGGAAAUUAUGGCGUGGUUUUCCCACUACCAAUUCUUAGAGGGGAUCGACCUGUCAAGUCAGCGGUUUUGGCAGUCAGCAGUUUUGACAGUGCAUGAUUUCCGCGGUGGAGUUCAAUGCUCUGGUAUGUGUCAUACUUUUUGUUGGGGUGAAUGCACUUGCCGAAAUGGUGAAACCGAUUUUUGGUGGACGUGGUGUUUAUUAUUUGAGGAAUGUAUUUCCUGUCGGUUAGUAUCUAUGGGGAAUGCGGGAGAAGUUAUUGAUAAUGGGUUUUGGAUAUCACAGCCCCCGCUCGGAAUCAUUAUUGCACUGGGUUGGAAUUGAUUUUGAGAAGUGUCUGCAAUUUCACAUAGUCGGGUGUAACUUGAUCUAUUGGGUUUCCUGUUUAUCUCUUGUCAGCGAUUGUUCGGAUCGUGGGUACUGUUUGUUUCGUCUCGUUCGGUCGGGGAUUGCGAUCAGAUUUCUGCAGAUUGGCAUGGUGCAUCCGGUGUAAUGAGUUUCUGUGACAGUUCUUUGGGUACUCUUGGAUCAGUCUGCUGCUGUCUUUUCUCGUGGCAGGAGUGUUAAUAUGCCUUCGAAAGGCCGUCGUAUUCGAAAUGCUCCUCGGGAGUUGAGAGUUUUGUUGUCGCGGUGUGAUCAACCUGGACCUGAUGGGGUGAAAGUGUCUCUUGGUCUUUUGCCAUAUGUCGAUAUGGUUUUGGGAGAGAAUCCUGAUAUUUUUAGGUUGAGUGGAGUUUUGAAUAAGCAGUUUUUUGGAGGUGGGGUGCGUGGAUUCACCUAUCUUCGAUCUAACCGAAAGAAGGACUGUUUCGGUUAUACAGAUUUUACGACGAAGAUAAUUUAUUUGCAAGAGUUCAUGUUCUCCGCGGGGUUGUGUAGGACAGUGUUAGUUCGCACCCUCUUUCAUGAGAUGAUCCAUGCGUUUUUGGAUAACACUGGCGCGGAUAGGAACGAGAACUCUGGGCAUGGACCGAUUUUUAUGAGGGAGGUGUCCCGGAUAAACAAGCUGCUGGGAUGUGAUCUGAUGGAUGAAAGUGACGUUUCUUGGGAUAGGCUACGGAUUUUAAAUCUGGAUAAGGUUUUUAUCUGUAACAAGUGUCGGAAGAAGGUGUCACGCGUCUUAACUCGCCCACCAGGACCGGAUGAUUUUUAUCCUUGGUAUGAGAGUCAUCGGAGGAGAUGUGGGGGUACUUUUGGUUUGGCAGCUUGAUCGGGUGGUCUGAGGUUUGGAAGGGUGAUUGGGGAUGAGGGAUUCUUCUACUAUUUCUGGGACAGCAGGCCAUAGCAGUGUGAGGAUCUUAUGCAUCGAAUGGAGGCAUUUUUGGGACUGUCGGCCGAAAGUCGGCCCAGUAUUGACGAUGUUUAUGGAGACUCUAUCCCCAAUUUCAGAGUGUUUCUGUUGCUUACUACGAGUUUUGGAUGUGUUUGGAUAUACCACGAGUGUUUGAUCAUAUUAUUAUAAUUAUUUUCUGAAAAAUAAAUGGUUUUGUCAGUGGCUAUGGAU